AUGUUUCACCAUCAAGUUAUCAUUCUAGCUGUUACUUGUAUGUUCAUAUCUGUUGCCUUUACACUGGAAGUCACUCCUUUUAUGCAGUCUGCCAGGCCAGGUGAAGAUGUGGAGUUUAACUGUGGAGACUCAGAAAACGAGACCAAAUCCUUUUAUGUGAGGUGGUCGGUUGAUGACGGCAGCCAGCAGAACGUCAGCGUUCCCAUCCCUGAGUUUGGCCGAAUCCAAGCGGUUAAUGGAACCCUCACCAUCUCCAACAUCAGUCACCAAGAUGCUAGGACGUACUUGUGUGAUGAUGAUGCCGGCUCAGACACAGAGACAGGAGUUCUCAUAGUGUACGAAAUGCCAGAGUACUUGGAAGAGGGUCUUAUCAUUGGUGGUAUAUGUCUUGCCCUUCUUCUUAUAUUACUAGUGAGUGUAUAUUUGUCUAUGGUCAAGCAAAAUAAGGAGAGGAGAUGGCGGCUGCAGCAAGCAGAAAAACAGCACAAAAAACAGGAAAAUUACAAACUAAACAUUAAUGACUAG